GUAAAAAGGACAGAGAAGAUAGGUCUCAAAGACUUCCUCUACAAUCGAAGGGUACCAGGCAUCACCAGCAACAGAUGCCCCAGCGGAUCGGACCGACAAACAAACCGUAGCGCACGUCCUCUUGCGCUGCCGUCAACAUCACCAACUCCGGGGCCAGGAACUAGGACGACUCCAAGGACGAAACAAUCUCCGGAAGUUAUUGAACGAGCGCAAAGCAGCCGCCAAGGCAAUCAAGUUCAUCGAACUGACUCAGAUCCUUGGGCAAUUUCAGGAUCGAGACCUGAAUAGACAAAGCUGAGCACUGGAGGAAGACUAUAGGUACACAGUCGCGAAACAGAGGGACUCACAGCCCGAGAGAGCCUAGAAUCACGGAUGCGUUAGUAGGGAACCGCUGUUCACAUGGGCCCGCCAAGCAAAU